GUGGUCGCUCCUCCAGGCCAUGUAUUACGGUCCGGUAAUCGAGCACGGAAUCGGCAGCAGCUGUAGUGUUAGCGACGUCGAGCAGUCACCACGGCCGAGACGGCGUAGACGCGUUGCCGCGGCGUCCCGCGUCGCGGACGACGCCGAGAACGAGGACCCACUCCUUUGCCAAACGGAUGAACCGGCUUACGUGGUCCUCGACGUGCAAUCGAAACACGGCCACGGGGAUGGAUGUCACGUUGCGCCGAGGCCGGGCAGAAGACGGGCUGGCGGAACCGCGAUUAGGAUACUGCUGCUCGCCACUGCCGCUGCCUUCCUCGCACUCGCCGUCUCUCCUGUGUCUGGCACGACAAACAAGAAAGAGGAAGAGACGGCGGUGGCUACUGUUGGCGUCACGGAGGAGAGCACUAGUGUCCUGGGCACGAGAUCCAGGACAGGAAGCGAUCCUGGUGGAGGUAUAGAUUUGUUGGCAGCGUUACAGUUGCACAACACAACACGACUGGGUGUUACACAGGUGCCAGGACUGGUUAGAUUAAAACCAGCCUAUUAUCUUCAGGGCGAGGAGAGGGAGCUCCGACUGAACGAGGCGAGCUUCGAACGAGCGGCCACGCUACUCCGGCGGGUUCCGGAAUUCACUAUAGCCGCCGCUCUACGACAAGAGGAGGCCAAUUCCGGGACAAUCGUCGCCUUUUCACAUGGGAACAAUAGAUAUUUGGAGCUGCAGAGCAGCGGCCGUAAAGACGAACUUCGACUGCAUUAUGUAUCACGCCGGGACGGUAGUGUCCACGUGGAGGCGUUCCCUUUUCGUCUGGCCGAUGGCGCUUGGCACAGGGUCGCCCUGAGUGUAAGCGGCUCGCAGGUCGAGCUGCUCGUCGACUGUCAUCCUUUAUACAGGCGGUUACUUAGGCCUGGACCACCUGACACCAAUUUCACUUUGCCACAAUUACAACUCUGGGUUGGCCAGAGAAAUGUCAGGCACUUUCUCUUUAAGGGUGCUUUGCAGGAUGUGAAGCUGAUACCAGGCCCCCAUGGCUACCUUUCCCAAUGUCCCCAACUUGAUUCGUCUUGUCCCACUUGCGGUCAAUUUUCUAUAUUACAAAACACAGUGGAACAGCUGAUGCAUAAUCUCAACGAGCUCACGCGUAGGCUAGCCGCUGCAGAGGGCAGGAUAAGCAAAGUGGAGGAGUGCGAGUGCCAAAAGUCGUGCAGGGCAAAUGGCACCGUUCACGAGGAUGGUGCGACCUGGGAAAAGGGUUGCCAACAGUGUUCCUGCGUUCAUGGGGAGAUUGAGUGCAGACCGACACCCUGUGCGCCUGUAACCUGCAAGAAUCCUGUCAUUCCUCAAGGACAAUGUUGUCCUAUAUGUUUAAAGCAAUGUUAUUUGCACGGAGUAAUUUACGAUCACGGUGAGAAAGUUUCGCCGAAACAGUGCGUAGAAUGCGACUGUUUCGAUGGCAGCUUCACUUGCCAGAGAUUCGACACUGAAACAAGAUGUCCGCCAUUGCCCUGUCCACCGAGCGAGCAGAUCAGCGUAGCCGAAGAAUGCUGCAAGUUCUGUCCGGGGGUGGACUACUGUGCGAAGGGCCACAAGUGUCAUGCUAAUGCGUCCUGCCUGAAUCUGCAGACAACGUACGCCUGCCAUUGCGAUAUCGGUUUCCAGGGGGACGGUCAUAACUGUCACGACAUAGAUGAAUGCAAACAGCAAGGUGGCUCCGAGGGGCACCAUUGUAACGCAAACACUAAAUGUGUGAACGUGAAUGGCUCUUACACGUGCGAGUGUCUUCCGGGUUACCACAGAGUAGACAAAUUCAACUGCGCCGAGUUAGACGAGUGUGCGACUGGUCAUCAUGCGUGCGAUGAGCACGCCACCUGCGUGAACACAGCAGGAAGUUACUAUUGCAUCUGUGAAGAUGGCUACACUGGCGAUGGUUACACAUGCAAACCUGUUUGCAAUCAAACCUGUCAAAAUGGCGGUGAAUGCGUGGCGCCGGGAAGGUGUUCCUGUCGGCGUGGCUACAUAGGCAAUAGUUGUGAAUUAGAUUUGGACGAGUGUGCGAGUGAUUUGCAUCGGUGUCAUCAAUCAUCAACGUGUUUCAAUAUGCCCGGUUGGUAUUAUUGUCGUUGUAAACCGGGUUACAGAAGCGCCCUCCAUGAUAGUACUCAGGGUACACAAUGUCUCGAUAUCGAUGAGUGCAAUGACCAAACGAUCGAGAGGAGGCAUACCUGUCAUCCUAGCGCUAAGUGUGUCAAUACCGAGGGUGGUUAUGAAUGUAUUUGCCCGCUUCAAGAGGAAAAUAGUACUAUGGAGGAAUGUAGACUGAGUUGCUGGUUCGAAAAUCAAGAAGUGAAAAACGGAGAAACUCUAGCACCAGCCGAAAAUCCCUGCAGGAGAUGCACUUGCAAAGAUGGCGUUGUUACAUGUAGGGACCCGAUUUGCGAUUGCAGCGCUCCGGGAAGUCAUCGGGAUAAGUGUUGUCCGCAAUGCGAUCCUGCGGCUUCUUGUAGGCAUCAAGAACUUCAUCAUCUAGUCUUCAGAAGUGGCGAACGAUGGAUAUACCAAUGUCAGACUUGUGAAUGCCUGUACGGCGAAGUAGACUGCUGGCAAAUGGAAUGUCCACCAGUGACUUGCUCAAACCCUGUGACAGAGGAUGGGGAUUGUUGUCCUCGUUGUGAAGACGAUCCCUGCGCGAGAGAAACGUUUGGAAAUGACACUUCUCUCUCGAUAUUAACUAGGCCACAACCUUGCAGCUAUUCUGGAAUUAUUCACGAGAGUGGCAGCUCCUGGCAGGAUCCUCAUGACAAGUGCACCACGUGCGAGUGCAAGGACGGGCAGCUAUGCUGCAGCUACGAUUACGGCUGCGCUGGCGAUCUGGGCAGCAACAAGCAGCAGCAACGUCCUCCAGUCGUUGUUCCUGAGCCUGUCGUACGCAGUCUACAGAGUUCUACGCGGUCACCGAUGGUUGAUGGUGCAUCGGAAGCAGCUGUAUCAGCGGUUACCGCUUCCGCUAGUGCAACACCAGUCACCAGCGCUCACCUCCUGUCGGCAUCGUCUUCUUCCUCCUCAUCCAUUAACAACGCCGCCGCCGGUGGUGGGUCGAGCAUCAGAAAAAUUCACUGGAACGUACAAAACAACCUGCCAAAACCAUCCCAGCAACAGAGGGACGGUCGUCACGUCAGAGUGCAAACACAGCAACAACAGCAAAUUUUACCGACAGCCAGGUACCAGCUGGUUUCUGGAGCAGCGACGACGUCGUCGUCGGCGCCUGAACGCGUUACAUCCGCGUCGACGUCGUCGACGACGACGAUUAAAGCUCCGAACACGAAAUACGAGGGCAAAUCGCAGACGUCCGUAUCGAGGCGUCAACGCGCUAAAGCGGCCAACAACAACAGUCUCGGGAACUUGCGUCAGCGCAGCAAUGCGUCCUUUGUAUCCUCCUCCUCUUCCUCCUCCACCUCGUCAUCGUUAUCGUCGUUCUCGUCACCUCUCGCAAUGCUGGUGCCAUCUGGAGCCGCAACAAACAUCGAGCCGCAAGCUGACAACGUCUCAACCAGUAACGGUAACGGUACUAGCGAGAAUGUGGUCACAAAUGGUUACCGUCAGCCGGCAUCAACAGGAGGGCACCAUCGGCGUAGCGAUGGCGGAGAAUCCGUGGCGCGCAACAGUGGUGCCACCUGAGGCUGACGCUCGCGUGAACAGUUAGAAGAGAAAGAAAUAAACACUGGCAAGGCAUUCCAAGGGGUGUAGCACGGGAACUGGGCCGUGGCCCGAUAUAGGAGCGAGUUUGGAGAAGCGUUCUCUCUAUGGUCAUCUAUGAUCGUCUAAUCGAGGGUGUUGUCGAGGGAAGCGAGUGCACUGAACAAGAGGAACGCGACCACGGAGUGAAACAUUGAAAAGCACAACAAGGGGAAUCCGUAUGGAUUUGAUUGUUCGACGAUCAUGGGCAACGAGCGUGAUAAACAUACCAAGGAUGAACGUCCAGUUUCCUUGACGAAAUCGAUCCUCGUCCAACUUCCAGAAAUCGUUGCGUAUCUAGAUCGUCUAUCAAGAUAUAUUUCUUAUUAUCUGUGGUCUGUGCUUGUCUGACUUGAGCCACGAUAGGACGUGGAAAAAGCUAUCGAUACUCGAGUUUGGAUAUAGAUUAGGUCAAGCUUGACGCUUCGAGGACACAGUGUUCAGCGAGGAGUAAUGAUUGACCGAGGAAAGUUAGGUGUGCCAAAAAUGUGAGCCAGCCAACACCGAGAACGAAGUUGAAGUUUCUGUUUGUGAUGACAUACGCGGAUUCGAUAUGUUCCCUCUGAUUACUUUCUUUCUUUUUAAAUUUUUCUUUUUUCUUUUUUUUUUUUUUUUUUUUUUUUUUUNUUUUUUUUUUUUUUUUUUUUUUUUUCUUGUCCCGAAGAGAUCGAACAAUCGAACAGAGGGCGGAUCCGUCAUUGUCGUUGAUCGUUGAUCGGACGAAAUGUCUUUCCUCGCGUUUUGAGCUGGGUCAAGCAUAACACAAGUGAGAGAGAAUCGAGAAACUGAGCCCGUGACGCGCGGUGUCCUUCGGAGCGUUCUCUGAAAAAAAGCAACACCGAUCACACGCUUUCGCGAUUCCUUUCUUUGGCAUAAUUUCCAUGUUGAACAGGUAGCGCACAAUAUUUGGGCCUUAUAAAAAUUAUAAACAGGAAAACGAGAAAAUAAAAAAAAAAAGUAAAAAAAGAAAGGGUGUCUUUCUUCGUCUUUUCGCCAACGGAAAGGCUAAUACCGUGUAAUUUGAAUCGUGUUCUCUGUUUUUAAGGCAAGACGAGAAUAUAAAAAAGUAAAAUGAUUAGGAAUUAGUAAUUUAUCGUAAGGAAUUGAAUAUCCCAACGAGAAGGACAAAGAAAUAAAAUUAUCGAAAUGCGUUAUGAAGAGCUCCGUAAUAUACUUAUUAAUAUAUACAAAUAUAUAUAUAUAUGUAUAUUAUAUAUAUAUAUAUGUAUAAAUAUAUAUAUACGUGAUGUAUAUUCAAUAUACGGAAUCAUGCGUGAAACAUAAACGAUUCUAUUUAUAGAGUAAUGUGAAUCGAGAUCGAUCUUGUCGAUUAUAUAAAAUAAAAAAAGAAAGGAAAAAGUAUGUGUACACCUAACAUAUAUAUGUAUAAAAAAAAAAAAGAAUAUUCUACAAUGGAUCAUAUCUCGACAAUAUAAGGUAAACGCGCGAUAUACACCAAAUUAUAAUGCGGACAUUAUAGAGAUCGUGUCUUCUUGGAUAAAAUGGAAGCGAUUAAUUAAAAGGGCAAAAAAAAAAAAAAAAAAAAAAAGAAAAAAAAAUAAAGUGGAUAAAAAAUCAUAUAGUCUUUACGCUUGAAACGUUAACGUUUAAGAGUCAUCGUUAUGUAUUAGGAUAACGCGAAGAUUCCGAUUUUCGUGAAGAUCUAGAGAGAGAGAGAUAACAACACUGCUUUUUUUUAUAGAGAGCCAAUUAUAAGCCGGUUCAGUUUCUCUGGUUCUGAAACGCUGCAUGGUUUAUGCCUGAUCCAUAUGUGUCGAAUCAUAGAGCGCGCAACCUGUGCCUCCGAGGAUUCAACAUCCAUUAGUCUUCACUAUUUAUACAGUGAAAAAUUAAACGUGUUCGUUGGAUUAUUUCAAACAAAAAUUACAUUUCAGAUACUUUAUUUGUACUUUAUUGAAGUAUUGUUUGAUCAUGAUACGAUAAUUAUAUAUAUAAUAUAUAUAAAUAUAAAGUCAUUUGAAUCCGUUAAAAGAAGAGGUUAGAAAGUUUUUAGAUUUGUUUUUAGUUAUAGUGACAAAAUAAGGUGAGAUGCUCGAGUUAAGUAGUAUUUUGAAAAAUGCAUUGUUAUUAAUUGAAUUUAUAUGCAAAUCUUUUCGAUUGAAAUUAAGAAUACGUUUAAUUUUUUACCAAUGUAAUUGGGUAUAUUCUGUUCAAUUAUAAGUUGCAUACCGGACGAUGAACGUGCCGGUUUGCUUGAACGAUUCUUUAUCUCGCUCAACCCAAUGCGAUCACUACGACUACAUUCCUCCUUGAUUAACAAUAAGUAGGCACUAAAAAAUGAGAGAAACAUAUAAAUAUAUAUAUAUAUAUAUUUAUAAAUAUUUAUAUAUAUAUAUAAAUAUAUAAAUAAACGAAGAAAUAAA